AACCAUCAGUACAGAAAGUUUGACGACCAGGACCUCUGCUGUUAUCAAUAUCUCUUGGAACCAUUACCAGACUGAUGAAUAUGGAGCAGAUUACGAUGCCUAAAACCAUAAGCCUGGAGAUAGAGACGCUGCACUCUAACUAGUCUUUCAUGGCAAUAUAAUCCGGUUUCAAAAAUUAUAUAACCCCAUCAAUCCAGGGUAUACUUGAACCACAACCCUUUUGCUUGUUAGGUCAUAUAUCCAGAACAUGUGGGUACUACUAUGCCUGGUCUUACACAUGCCCAUUUCGGUCAACUAUGAUAAAUUUGAUGUUGAAAAGAAGACUGAACCACUUCCAUUACCUUCCAGACUUGCCCAACUGGCCACCUCCCCAAAUGCAUCGCUCAAAUUUUCAAGCCACAUGGUUUUGCUUCCAUUCGAGUCCCUACAUUGAGUUGCUUCACUCAAAGAACUACUUCUUUUGGAUUUGUGUAUAUAUAUAUAUUCAUCCAAUUUUCAUUCUCCAUCACCGCAGCACAACAAAAGCUUCUCAGUUUCCUAAGAUCUUAAAGUCUCUUCCUACUCUUGCCCUAAAAUAUUCUAGCUCCCUUGUUUUAGAAAAGUGACAAGAUGAUCAGUGCUAAGAAGCUUAUGAAGUUGGCAAAGAAAUGGCAAAAACUGGCAGCAAUUAAGACGAAAACAAUCACAUUCUCAAGAAACACGGGGGAUGAGGACACAAAUAGUUGCAGCAGCACAUCAUCAAUUGUCGAGAAGGGUCACUUUGUGGUGUAUAGUGCUGAUGAGAAGCGCUUUGUGCUUCCCUUGGAAUAUCUGAAGAACGAAAUUGUUAUGGAGGUGUUCAAUUUGGCAGAAGAGGAGUUUGGACUACCUCGCAACGGCAACCUUACCUUGCCUUGUGAUGCAGCCUUCAUGGAAUAUGUAAUUGGGUUGAUCAAAAGGAAAGCAAGUAAAGAACUGGAGAAAGCAUUGCUCAUGUCUGUAGUGAGUGACCGUUGUUCAUCGUCACCGUAUCUCUAUCAGCAAGAAACAAGCCAACAGUUUCCGGUACGAAGUGGCCUCAUCAACCGGACUGUCUUCGGCUCUGUGAUUAUAUAUUCAUCCAACUCUCAUUGCCAACUUGUAACACAGCAACAGCAUUCAGUUUCCUACUAUCUCAAAGUCUCUCCUCUUUUGUUUUACAAUCUUCUCCCUGUUUUUAUCAGUAACAGGAUGAUCAGUGCUAAGAAGCUCAUCAAAUUGGCAAGGAAAUGGCGGAAACUGGCUGCUAUUAAGCGAAAAAGGAUCACAGCGUCCGAGACAACCCUGGGACAUGUUGGCACAAAUAGUUGCAGCACAUCAUCAAUGGUUGAGAAAGGUCAUUUUGCGGUGUAUAGUGCUGAUCAGAGACGCUUUGUUCUUCCUUUGGAAUAUCUAAAGAAUGAAAUUGUGAGAGAGCUAUUCUCUCUGGCUGUAGAAGAAUUUGGGUUACCAAGCAAUGGGCCUCUCACGUUGCCUUGUGAUGGAGCCUUUAUGGAAUAUGUAAUUUCUUUGAUCAAAGGACAUGCAAAUAAAGAUAUGAAGGAAGCAUUGCUCACGUCCAUUUCCAGUUGUCGCUGCUCAUCACCAUCGUAUCUUCAUCAACAAACAACAAAUCAACAAUUACUAAUCGGCAGCUUCUAGAGCAAAAUAUGUUUCAAUUUUGUAACCGAAUGAUACUUCUGUACAAUUGAGAGGUUUAUCUUAAGUCUAAUGAAAAUUGGGGGUUUUAUUUUUAUUUAA